UCACAUGUCAGUGGUCUAUCACACACACACACACAGCCCAGGCGUUGACUCUAUAAUGACGUAUGACUGCCGGUGUUGGUUACGGUUGUCACCGCUAGGGUGGAGCUCCAGAAGAGAGACGGACUUUGGAGCAGCCUGGUCAUUUGGUUCACUGACAGUAAGAGGAGGACUCGUGAAGACACACCGGGCAUGAAGAUCUUGUCAUUUCAAACAUUAUUGGGGACAGAAUAGUCUCGGGAAAUCUCGGAUCAGUCGGAACAUUGAGGCAAAACCGUCCAGAACCACCAACUCCCGAAAACAAGGCAAACCCGUCCAGAACCACCAACUCCCUAAAACAAGGCAAACCCGUCCAGAACCACCAACUCCCUAAAACAAGGCAAACCCGUCCAGAACCACCAACUCCCCAAAAACAAGGCAAACCCGUCCAGAACCACCAACUCCCCAAAACAAGGCAAACCCGUCCAGAACCUCCAACUCCCCAAAAACAAACUCAGCCAGUAUUACCCAGCCACAGCAUCUAAACCAACAGAUUUCCACUUCCUCAUGCAUUGAAGUCACUGGGAGGCGAAGUGAGCAUUUGAUUUCAGUGAAAACCUGAGCAGCAAACAUGCUUCAAACAGACUCAGAGUUCACUAAAACACGAUGGAUCUGUACCAUCAUCGGACUGGGCUUUUACCUGGUGGACAUUGUGACAGACGUUGGACUAGCAGUGAAGUACUUCCUGGUCGGAAAACUGGUCUGGGCUGGGCUGACUUUACUGUUUGUGGUGGUUGGCUCAGCAGCCACACAGGUCUUCAGCUACACCUGGUACAGAGAUGACACGAGGAACCCACUGGUUAAUCCUGGUGGAGACAAGCUGAUAUCUGGGAUGAACAGAGGAAGACUGAUUGGACUCCAUGUUUUGCAGAUGGGUAUCUUCACCAGGUACUACCACCUGUUGAAGGCAGGAUACAUGGCGGUGUGGUUCAAGUCACCUGAGACUGUUGAAUUCUCCAGAGAGGUCCACUUGGUCCUGUUUGGUCGGGCGACCGAUCUGAGCAUGCUCAAACUGUUUGAGACGUUCCUGGAGAGUGCCCCUCAGCUCCUCUUCCAGAUGUAUAUCCUGCUGGGCCAUGGACACAAGUCCACAAUACAAUGCAUCUGCAUGGUGGGCUCAUUCAUCAACAUCGCCUGGGCUAUAGUGGACUUCCGCCGGUGUCUCCGUCGAUCCUUACCCCAGGUCCGAGAGAUGCCUUCUGGCCUCCCUACCUUCGUCUACCUCCUGUACAAGCUGUUGACCAUCACCGCUCACAUCCUCAGCCUCAGCCUCUUCCUCGUCCUCAGCCCCUACAGUACCCUGGGAAUGGCUGUCGUCUGGCUGGCCGGAACCCUCUGGGCCCAUUGGGUCCGUACUGACUUCUGCACGUCUAAAGGUCUAGAGAGGCUCUAUCGGAUCAUCGUGGGAGUCGUCCUCAUAUUCACCUUCUUUAACGUGAAAGGACAGGAUACCAGAUGGCAGAUGGCUGUGUACUACGUUAUAUUUGCGUUUGUGAACCUCUCUGGUCCUUUGCUGCUGGUUCUGGUGAGGCCAGAGGCUAACGCUGCUGAGUACUUCUGGCCGGUGACUCUGCUGAUAUUUGGAGGGACCGUUCUAGGGCUGGCCUAUCUGCUUCUGUAUUAUACCGUCUAUCACCCCAGAGGGAGGAGUCUACAGGCAGAUGAGGUGGAUGGACACAUGGGACAGGAGAGAGAACCAGAUACAAUGCUGAGAAUGAGGAACUUCCUACAGCUCUGAGGCUCACCUUCCUAUUCGCCACAUAUUCAAUGGAGGAGUUAAAAGGACAAUCAGGCAUUUGAAAAACAACAAAGGUGUCACCCAGACACGUUGUUCUGUUAAACAGCUAAGGGGGAUGGGUUGGAGAAAUGUAACUGCUAAGACAAACUCUGGUUGGUGGACAGUCUAGUUGGUGGACUGUCUAGUUGGUGGACUGUCUAGUUGGUGGACUGUCUAUUUGGUGGACUGUCUAUUUGGUGGACUGUCUAGUUGGUGGACUGUCUAGUUGGUGAACAGUCUAGUUGGUGGACAGUCUAGUUGGUGGACAGUCUAGUUGGUGGACUGUCUAGUUGGUGGACAGUCUAGCUGCUGGACUGUCUAGUUGGUGGACUGUCUAGUGGGUGGACAGUCUAGUUGGUGGACAGUCCAGUUGGUGGACUGUCUAUUUGGUGGACUGUCUAGUUGGUGGACAGUCUAGUUGGUGGACAGUCUAGUUGGUGGACUGUCUAGUUGGUGGACAGUCUAGCUGCUGGACUGUCUAGUUGGUGGACAGUCUAGUUGGUGGACUGUCUAUUUGGUGGACUGUCUAGUUGGUGGACAGUCUAGUUGGUGGACAGUCUAGUUGGUGGACAGUCUAGUUGGUGGACAGUCUAGUUGGUGGACUGUCUAGUUGGUGGACAGUCUAGCUGCUGGACUGUCUAGUUGGUGGACAGUCUAGUUGGUGGACAGUCUAGUUGGUGGACUGUCUAGUUGGUGGACAGUCUAGCUGCUGGACUGUCUAGUUGGUGGACAGUCUAGUUGGUGGACAGUCUAGUUGGUGGACUGUCUAGUUGGUGGACAGUCUAGUUGCUGGACAGUCUAGUUGGUGGACAGUCUAGUUGGUGGACAGUCUAGUUGGUGGACAGUCUAGUUGGUGGACAGUCUAGUUGGUGGACAGUCUAGUUGGUGGACAGUCUAGUUGGUGGACAGUCUAGUUGGUGGACAGUCUAGUUGGUGGACUCUGACUGUCAUCCUUUUAGUUUCUAAGUCACCUCAGCCUUCUUUUAUCUUAUCAGUUUCGGUUCCUCCAGUCUUACAGCUGCUGCUCCCUUUACAGUAAGCUGCAGGCUAAACAGGUUUUGUUAAUUUUGUCUCGUGACAUCACAUCAUAUGAUCGUUCCUCAGGAGAUCAAAGUCUCUUUUCCUUGUUCUGUUGCUGCUCUGAAAGACCGGACCGGAACAGAACGGACCGGAACGGACUGGGGUAUUUGGCCACUACAAUUCUGCCUACAUAUCUCAGGUCUGGUGUCCUCAGCUGAGAUGAAUGAGAGGGACAUAAUUGAGGCACACCGCCUCUUAUAUGUUGAUUCAUGAUGUCAAUACAAACAGAGAACAAAAGGAAGGCUUCCUUUUACAGGCCACCUAACCUCUAAGGGUGAAGUAAAAAGAUGUUGUUAUGGACUCGCUCAGUGACGUGUUACAGACUCUUUUAUAUAUUUGACCUUUAUUUAACCAGGCAAGUCAGUUAAGAACAAAUUCUUAUUUUCAAUGACGGCCUGGGAACAGGGGCAGAACGACAGAUUUGUACCUUGUCAGCUCGGGGAU